ACCAGUCUUGCAGCAGCAGUGCCGGGGUCCAGACACACUCCUGGACGCAGGACAGCGGUGUACAUGUGCAAGGGUGAAAGGCAAGACAGUGAAAGUGCUGACUGAGCGCGAAAUGAGUUAUGAAAUACUGCGGUGGCGAUGAGGCGGCGCGCCGGGGUGCAUGACUGUCACGCUAACUCGCCAGCACUGUUGAUGGGCGGUCUUCUCGGCCAUACUAACCGUUGACCACCACUCUAAUACGUGGAAGGACGUCACUUUUCAUUAGGGGCUUCACCCCCUCCCCCCGCCCCCGACGAAAAACACGCUACACCUGAAGGUGAGGCGUUCGUGUGUGUUGACGCGGCGCCACGUGGUCGUCACGCUCUCACGCCCGCUCACCUGCCGCCCGGCGUGCACCGCCCACACAUCACCUCCUUCAGGCGAGGCUCAACCCGACCAAGUCUCCCGUCAAUCCGGCCGUCAACCCAGCACUGCAAGGAGCCGCAGUCCCUCACCUUUUACCUACGAGGAAAGAGACCUGCUGACCUGUAAGGGCGUGGUCUGGCCCGGAUCUCGGAGGCUGGAGGACCUACAUACAUACACACGAAUACACAUACACACGUACAUACUCGGCCAAGCUCAGGUCCAGGUGUGGCUGUGGCCCAUUUAGUGAAGCUGCUGACCCGCCGUGGCGGACUCGAGGCCGUCCAGAUCAAUCCCCCGGUGCCCUCGCAAUGCAGUGUCAUAAUGUGUAGCUAACGGGACUGAGAAGAAAGUGGACGUGUUCCUGCCGAGUGUGCCCCGAUCUGUGUCCGUCUGUGUUCCCGCAACCCCUGACAAGUCUAUUUUAGUUUGGACGAAAACACGCAUCUAUACGGGUGCUUCAGCUUCCAUACCCAAGGCGUUCUACUGCGUCCCCAUUCACACGUGUCCUUGAAGUGAACGGACAAUUAAAGCCUUACCAAGGACACUCAGCAAAACCCGAGUAAGCGCGGGAGGAAGGCGGGGCGUGGGGGCGCCGGCCCAGCAUGGGAUGGAGGCACUCAACUCGACCGUGUGUGAUGCGGUCCGCAGCCACCUCAGCGCGUGUGACACAGCCAUGGCCAUGGGCAGGACGGAGCCGUGGGUUACCCUGGUGGUGGCGGUCUGCGUGCUGUGCGGAGAGACGGAGGCGAGCGCCGCGGCCAGGCGUCAAGCCUACUACGACAAUGAACUCCUCAGCGACAACUUCCAAGUGGGCCGCUCCCUGAACCUGAUGCCUCGCUACGGCUUCCUCACGCUGUCCAUUAAAGUUUUCUCUAAUCGCGGCGACAACAACUGGCUCUUCCGGGAGAACACUGUCGAGGUGUUCGAGAAGAAUUCGUACUGGUCACGCCACACCCCCGUGAGGCCCGCUGCCCCGCCGCCGCCGCCCCCGCAGAACCCAGACAACCCAGAAGACUCGCCAAGCACCACGCCGGCCCCUUCCCAGACCCCGCGACGACCUUACGACCCACACUUCCUCAUCGACUUCUGUGACAACGUGCGGGACUUGCUCGUGGCUUACUUCGAUAACUUCUACAUCGAGGGCGUGCCGGAGCCCCACCGUGCCUUCACCAGCUCCAUCUCCCUCAAGGCCACCGCGCAGCACCUCGGCAUCCAUCAGACUUACCUCAGCUCAGAGUAUUCCUUCGUGCUGGUCAGGCUCUUCCGCCGCAGCAGACGGGCGACGCUAGCGGGCCACUUGGCACUCACGGGCAGCUUCAAGAGUGCCGUGGGCCGCAUCCGUGUUGGCUCCAUGGAAUCGGUGAAUCAGUUCCUGGACCAGUACGGGACCCACGUGAUCACCGAGUACGAGGUAGGUGACGUGCUCUACCAAGUGUACGUCUUCGGCAACAGGACCUACUCGGACUUCAAGAACAACUUCGCCAUGAGCCAGAGCAGUGAGAAUGAGCUGAUGAGGAUGGAACGCUACUUCACACCCUCCCAUGCCUUGCACAUUGGACGGGUCAAGUUGGCUUCAGGCAACCCUGAGUUUGAAGUGACAAUAAGGAGGGAGCUCUUGAAGAUCACGGUUUUCCGCAUCUACCACAGCAUCUUCAUGAUCUUCAAGAACAAAGAGCUGGAGAAGCGCCUGGAGCAGCUGGACGGUGAGGUGAUACUGGGCCUGAAGCUGGAGAAGAUCACCAAGAUUGUCCCCAAGUCACCAGAACGACACUGGCUUGGUGAGAUCCUGGACAAUGUUCUUUCUCUCUUCUAUGUGACAAUGUGAACAGAAUGAGACACUGCAGGAUGGGGAAAAAUGGCCAAGGCAGAGAAUGACCAAUGAAAUAAACAAGAUAAAUGAGGCAACAAUGAAGCAGGAUUGGCAAGAUGAGAGGAAAUCAGAUAAAUGUGAAGGACACAGGCUUGCUAAUAAUGCAUGGUGUGAAAAAUUAUAUGCUGGCAAAGAACAAGGAAAAACAAAUAUGUGUGGAACAACCAAAAACCCGGUGAUGGAAAAUGGACCUAGGUGAAAAUAAUGAGAAAAAGAAAAUGACCUAGAAUUAAAUGAGAGAUGAAAACAGGUGGUGCAAAGAAAAAAUAGUAACCUACAACUGAGAUGGCUUAACUGUAGGAAACUUCACUUGGGACUGAAUGUUGAGGAUGUUGGAGAUUUGCUAGUGCAGAUAAACAUAUAAUAAAAGAAGUAUAUCCACCCAAGUGCUUGUGUUAAGUGCCUCGGCUCCUCUUCAAAACACCUCUCACUGCACGCUUGUUCUGUAUCAGCCUUCCAAGUGCACACAGUGUGGAGGACAGUGUCUGAGAGGGGCAGUUGCUGAGUGUACAAAUAUCCGCUUUUAAAGGAUAUGAUCUAUUUUUAGUAUCUGAAGUUCCUAUUGCUCUAUUGUCUGAGUGAAAGGUUUAUUUCUAUACGUAUUACAAUUAUGGCUUUGCUGCUGAACAAUACUGUUGACUAUUUUCUAUAAUUAAAAGAAAAGCUUCUAAAUAAAUAGUACAAAACAAGA